AUGGCCUGCACACACAUAUUCCUCGCCGACCCCGCCAUAGACCUCGUAGUCGUCACGACCAGCACCUCCUCACACGCCCCCGUCGCCGAAGCAGCCCUCCACGCCGGCAAGCACGUCCUGGUGGAGAAGCCGUUCACGACCUCGUCCGCCUCAGCCAACCAGCUGAUCGCGCUCGCCAAAUCCAAGAACCUCGUGCUCACCGUCUACCAGAACCGGCGCUGGGACAGCGAGUUCCUGACGCUGUCGCACCUGGUGCAAGAGAAAAAGGCGCUGGGCGAGCUCACCGACGUGCAGAUCCACUACGACGUGCCGUUUCCGGCGUGGAUCCAGGGCUGGACGGACCCGCAGUAUAGCGAGGGGGAGGGCAUGAUGUUUGGGCUAGGCAGCCACAGUAUCGACCAGGCGCUGCUGCUGCUGGGACGGCCGAGCCGCGUGACGGGCUGGAUCCGGAGUCUGAGAGGGGUGGAGAGUGAAGUGGACGAUACGUUUACCGUGGUGCUCGAGUAUGAGGGGAGGCCCGUCAUGUGUACGGUCAAGACGACGGUGGUCAACGUGAUGCGGGACCCGUUGAAGUAUUUUGUGCGUGGCAGGGAGGGCACGUUUGUCAAGUUCGGCGAGUGUCGGCAGGAGGAGCAUUCGUUGAAGGGGAUGAAGGCUACGGAUGACGGGUUUGGGCGGGAUGAGGAACCGUGCUGGGGGGAGUUGACGACGAAUGAGAAGGUGGACAAUUGUCAGACCAAGGAUGAGAAGACGGGGAAAUGGAUUGGGCGCUAUCCGACAAAGACGGGGUAUUGGCGGGGGUUGUAUGAGAAUGUGGUGGCGGCUAUCAGGGGGGAGGCAGAGUUGCAGGUCAAGCCGGAGCAGUCGAGGGAUGGUAUUCGGGUUAUGGAGCUGGCGAGGCAGAGCUGGAAGGAGGGGAGGACUGUGCCCUGGAGUUGA